AUGCGUUGGCAAAUUUGCCAGUUCGAGAGAAAGAAGAAGACGACGACGGAUGAGCCAUCUCCUCGCUAUGCGCAUCCAGAUUCUGAUGCUCCCACAGUGUUCAACAACGAACAAACAGGAGCCCCAUCACAAUAUACAAAAGCAAGUCUCCAGUCUACCUCAGGAAGGCAGUCAUUGGGCAUCAGUCAGAGGCUUCCGGGUAAAAACUCUCCAAAGAAAGUCCUUGCUAAGCAAGAGCAGACCGCAGAGCAAGAGCCAGCCCCCAACAAAGACCCAGCCGCGGAGCAAAAGCUUACCCCCGCGCAAGAACGAGUCGAUCGGCUAAAACACUUGGAAAACUCAAAUCUCAAUGCGGGUCUUUGGAAAGAAGCGCGGAAAGAAUUGGAUGAAGAUGAUUUAAAUCGGUUGGAACAGUUUAUCAGUCUUGGUGAUGGAAAUCUCCAGGGAGCCGUCGUGGAAAGACUGAAAACCAUCACUGAAUCCCGAUUGAAGAUUGAGGUCAACGGAAAGAAGCACAACGUGAGAGAGGGAGCCCAAAAGGUUUUAAACACAUUGCGCAGGUUCGAACCUGUUAUCAAAGCAGCAACAGCGGCGGACUCCCAUGCCAGCCUUGCUUGGGGUGGUAUCUCUGCUUUCCUACCACUUCUCUCUACUGCCUUAUGUCAGACAGACAAUGCUCUCACUGAGUUGGAAGUCAUAUCCAACAUACUAGUUAAAUUCCGUGCGAUUGAGGUCUUCUGUGAUCUGUCAGAAUGGAACUCCGCAGAACCUAGUCAUAUCCGUGAUUGCUAUACCAUGCUGAGGUCGAAAACUAUCGAGCUUUAUACGGAAAUUCUUAAGCACCAAAUUGUUCUCAUGCGUCAUUAUGAGAUGAAUCGGUUCUCUCGCAUGGCCAAGAACAUGACCCUGCAGCCAAUUGGGGACUUUUCGGCUAUCCAGACCUUAGAACACGCUGCGGAGGAGUUCUUGAAAACUAUUGACAGUAGCGCUAUUCAUGGCAUUGAUACAGCGCUCACCUUGAUUGGAAACAGAGUUGAUGAGCUGUUUGACUUGGCGCAAAAGAGUUACCACACUAUUCUGGAAGUUGCUGAAAGGCAGCUCCUCGAGAAGCUCCCAAAGGCAGAGAGUGCAAAUUUUGACAGUGCGUUUGAUGGUUUCAAGCUUCCUCGGUGUCUUGAAGGCACCCGUCAGGAAGUGCUGGACAAGUUCCGCCACUGGGCAAAGUGUACAGACGCAGAAAACUGUGUAUUUUGGCUAAGUGGAAUGGCUGGCACAGGCAAGUCAACGAUCGCCCGCACCUUUGCUCAUGAGCUCAAGGAUGAAGGUCGCCUCGGUGCUAGCUUUUUCUUUUCGAGGGGCCAAGAGGAUCUGUCUCGAGCAGGAAAGUUUUUCCCAACCCUUGCCCUUGGUCUGGCAAAAGAGGUUGCUGGUUUCGCAAAAUGUCUGUAUGAAAGCGUUCGCAGAAAUGGAGGUGCUGAGGGUAAAGACUUCGAAGAGCAAUGGAAGUUUUUUAUACAUGAUCCUCUUGAGGAUCUAGGCUCAUCUUUACUCGCACCUCUCCAACUGGUGCUUGUGAUAGAUGCACUUGACGAGUGUAAAGGUGCCGAGGCUGUUCCCCACCUCAUCGACUUACUCCUGGCGGCCAAAGACCUGAAAACGAUUCAACUCAGAGUCCUUGUUACUAGCCGGAAUGAAACACACAUUUUGGAAAGCUUCGAAGGAAAAUCUAGUUUCACUUGGCUGUCAUUGGAGGAUGAAUCCAUCGCCGACAGCACCGAACGUGAUAUUUCUAUCUACGUGAAGCAUGAGCUUUCUGGGCUUUCCGGGAUUGUGAGACGGAAAUACGGCACCGAGAAUUGGCCAGAGGAAGUACAAACACAGAGGCUAUUAGAAUUCAGUGGAAGAUUGUUUAUUGCGGCAGCUACCGUAUGUCGGCAUCUGAAGAGCAGCAGCAUUCCGCGGGAAAGGCUUGAAACUUUUCUCGAGGCCGCUAGGACAACAAAACAUGGAAUACCUGCCCUGGACAAAAUGUAUCGCCUUAUUCUUGACCCGUUGCUUACUGAGGGUCCGGAUUAA